AUGGUGUGGGACGAAUGGGACGACUAUCUUCAAGAGCAGAGCGGUGCAACAGACCACAACCACCAAGAAGAUUCUGAUGUCAACUUCGAGUUCUUGUCCGUUGCAUCUAAGCCCAAGGAUUAUUAUCGGAUAUUGGAAGUGGAUUAUGAUGCUACAGAGGAAGCUAUUCGAUCAAACUAUAUUCGUCUUGCUCUGAAAUGGCAUCCGGAUAAGCAAAAAGAUCAGGACAGUGCCACUUCAAGAUUCCAAGAAAUUAAUGAGGCUUACCAGGGUCAGUAUUUGUGUGUAUUUUUUCGUAGUUCUAAGAGACUCUGUCUAGUUUUUGAGUGAUCCAUAUCUACAGAUGAACUUUGACAUUAUAGUGCUUAAUUUUGGGACACAUGGAAUAGAAUUCUUGAAACCAUUUAAUUUAGUGUUAGUUUAUCAAACAUAUAGAAGUGUUGCCUCAUGGAUUUAUGCAAGUAAAAGUAGG